AUGCAUUUUUUUUGUCUGGCUACUAGAGCCAUCCAUAUAGAGGUUGUAUCUGGUUAUACAGCUAAAGGGUUUAUAGCAGCAAUUCGACGAUUUAGUAGCCGUCGAGGUUAUGCUCAAGUUGUUUAUAGCGAUAAGGCGAAAAAUUUCGUUGGUGCUAGUAGGGAACCACAAAGAGCAUUUAGAAAACUAGUAACUGAUCAUCAACUACAUUCCGCGUUUGCUCUGGACGGUUUGACGUGGAAGUUUAUACCUUCCACUUCGCACGAUUUUGGUGGUUUAUGGGAAGCCGGGGUGAAAAGUAUCAAGCACCAUCUCAGACGCGUUAUCAAGAAUCACAUUUUGACCUUUGACGAGCUCACUAAGCUUACAUGGCAAAUCGAAGCAUGUUUGAACUUCCGUCCUAUAGGACCUGUGUCUCAUGAGACCGAUCGAUUGUCAUCGUUGACACCAGGACAUUUUUUAAAUGGUGGAGCACCAUUGUCAUUGCCUGAGCGAUCCAUGCUGGAUCUAAUUGAGCAAUACCCAAAAUGUUGGAAGCUAUUUCAGCAGAGGCUUGAGCAAUUUUGGCGUCUUUGGCGCCAUGAUUAUUUAAACACAUUACAACAACGUAACAAAUGGAGGCAUAAGAAUCCUAAUUUAGAACCCGGUACACUAGUCUUAAUAAAAAAUGAAGAUUUACCACCUGGCAAGCUAACGUUCAUCGCAUGGGCCGCCGAGGCUCUUCCACAGUGCCAGGUGGAAAUCGAACCCGUAAGCCGACGCAAUGGGUCGAAAGCCUAUGCCUUAGCAUCCACGACUGUCGUCUAA